CUAUCAAAGGCUUUCAUUGAAAAAUGUUUUCUUUCAAAGAUCUGGAGAUAAUAAAAGGGGCAGAGCUUGCAAUGACAUCACAACGGCAAGGCUGUGCUUCAACAGACUUAGAAAGACUGAAAGAUGCUUUUCUACGUGAGUCUUCUGUUUUUGGCUUGUGUGCAAGCUAUUUGUGUUGACAAAGGCGAGCCAAGAAAAAUUAUACAGGUCAAUGGCAGAUUCAUUGGAGUUGGAAUGAACAACCAUCUUUAUAUGAGAAGCACGACUUCCAGAAGUAAACAAUGGAUUCUUGUUCCUAACAGCUGCUGCGUCACUCAGAUUCAUCUUUUGAAGAACGGCAACAUUCUUGGUGUUGGAUUAAACAGACACAUUUACAUAAAAAGAAAUUUGUUCGGAAGAUGGUCUCUUGUUCCAAACUCGUGCUGCGUGAAGGAUGUUACAACAUUUAGGGCUGAAAAGUGCAAUCGAAUGACCAUCGUCGGAGUUGGUAUGAAUGGCAAACUCUACUCAAAGAAAUCACUUAACAGUCGUUGGGAAGGCCCAUAUCCGCAUUCAGGUACUGUCAAGGCCGUGGCAGGAGUAACGGGUAGGUUAUACGGUGUCGGUAUGGACAACUUUAUAUACCGAAGAGAGGGCCUCGCUAGCAGAUGGAGAAAAAUUCCAGGCUCUUGCUGUGUCAAAGACAUUGAGGUGCGAGAUGACGUCAACAAGCAUUUUACCUAUGCCGUUGGCAUGAACAACAAACUGUACUCAACUGUUCUUGCCAAUACCCGCAGAGUUAGAUGGGCUUUCCAGGGCCACCAUACAUGUUGUGUAAAAUCAAUACAAGUGAAGAGCAGACGUGUACCAGUCAAAAUUGUAGGAGUUGGUACGAACAGAGAGCUGUAUUUCAAGCCAAACGACCGUGCUCCAUGGUUUUCUGUUCUCAGCAGUGGAAAGGUAACAAGCAUCACGCUACUGAAAAACAAACAACUCGUUGGGAUUGGAAUGGAUCACAAAAUGUACACCAGGUCGUCAGUGGAUAGCAGCUCAUGGCGACAGGUUUCGCGCUCCUGUUGCGUCAAAUCAGUCGUACAGUUACGCAGUGGGCGCGUCAUUGGAGUAGGAAGGCGCAAUAGACUUUGGCAACGAGCUGGUGUUAAUGGCAUAUGGAGGCUGAUUGGAAGAUCUGGCUCAGUGACGAGAAUAACUAAAACAAGCAGAGAUGCAAUUGUUGGCAUCGGGAUGAACAAGAAGUUGUAUAUCAGAAGAAGUUACAACUCCAAGUGGAGAGGACCUUUGAGAAACAGUGGCCAAGUCGUUGAUAUAAGCAUGGGGUCGGAUGGAUUUCUCUAUGGAAUUGGCCUGAACAAGAGAAUAUACAAGAAGACUAGCAGGAAUCUUGAAUCACGAUGGCGUCUUCUACGUCACCACAACUGCUGCGUCAUUGGCCUUGCUGCUAUUUAAGCCAGAAGUUCAGUCAAUUGACUCUUGUUUUUAUCAUUUCGCAAGUAACCAGCUGAAGCUUGGCCUAUGCCAACUUUGGCAAUGGCUGUUGUAGUACCACUAUAAUUUGGUACUAGAAAUAUAACUAAUCUUUUAAUUUAAUUUUCACGAAAUUUUAAUUUCAUCACAAAAAGAAUGAAUUAAACAACUAAA